ACUUACUGCGUGCGGCGUGUUGGAAACUGGUACAAGUCGCUUUCUACUUAAGGUCUGAUCCGGAUGUUUUAUGCAGAAACUAUUCAGAGUUGUAGGUAGGAUAUGAAAUAACUCAAGGAUCAUCUAAGCAUAGAGAAGUAUAUAUGAUACUAUGUGAUGGUGAUAAGUUUGGAAAUAAAGUGGUCAUCAACAGCACUCAAAAGGGAAGAAUAUGAAAAGAGACAAAGAGAACUGUAGGUUUCUGGUACAGUGUGCCACUCCACUCAGCCUUCUCUGCUCCGAUGAGGGACACUCCAAAUCGCAGUCAGCCUGGUCCUCUUCAUGCAAGGUGAAGAGCAGAUCUGUAGUCGUAUCAUGGGGAUUGCACUGACCAGAGCAGCGCAAUGGACAACAGCUUGUUCUGGGACUGGCAAAUUGGAAAUCACACCUUUGAAUGAGUCCUUGCUGAAAGAAAUCAUUCGAUUUGUGGAGCCGUUUCAAGCCAGACACCCGGAAGAGGCUGCCCUUGUGUUUAAGGAGCCUCUUGAAUGGGUGACGACUUUACAGGCUUCAGAUUUUAAAACAGAUUAUGACAUCAGUGGGUCUACAAUGAAGUCACAAGAAACCGACCUAGAUGGGAAUCCUCUGCUUCACCUUCAUGCAUCAUCCAUCAGAGUGCGCAGCUUUGGUCAGCUCUCGAAAGUGGUGCAGUUUGCACGAGACAAGCAGCUGAAAGAAGUGAGAGCGUGCCUUGAAGUUAACAGAGAUCCCAUCGCAAACAUUCUCGGACCAAGCUUUGCGACUGUGGAAGGAGAAGAUACUUCAGUGUUGCGACUUCUGGAAAAAGUGAAAGAAGAUAAAAAGGACAGUGAGUCUGAAGUAAAAAUGAAAAUGCUCAUCCUUCUCCAGCAGCUUGACAUGCAGCUGUUGAAUACCUCACUGAAACAAAUUUCACAAGAAGUUCGGCUCGCUCCUGCCGCAGUAAAGAAUGAGGUGGAACUGUUGAAACGCUUCUGUGGUGAAGGGGAGAAAAGAUUGUUGAAGUCUGUUGAAUACACAUCAGAUUAUGAAUUUUCAAACGGUUGCCAUACUCUACCAAAAAGGCAAGUGCAUGGAGAAAUCUGCUACCUCAUAAUUAAACCCUGUGAUACUGAUGCAUUGUACAUCACAUGUAGCACAGCUGGUGUUUUCCUUAAUGGGGGCAUUAAAAAGGAAGGAGAGGAUACUGACUAUGAAAGAAAAAGUGAUAUGUAUAAAAAUCUUGUUAUGCUCCUGAAGGACAAAUCUCCACAUUUUGCCGAAAAUAUAGACAAUCAGGAUUUUGCAAUUUAUGAAGAACCUUCAUCAACUAAAAAGAAUCAACAUGUGGAAUCGGUUGAUGCUGAGGAACAAGGCCAAACCCAGAGGUCUUACGAGCAUCAAGAAAAGAAUGUGCAUGAGAAGACGAGACAACAGCCUGCUCAGAACAAGCCAAGCAGCAAAAAGAAAUUAGAACCAUCUUUAAAAUGGAAGAAUCUUGGUUUAACAUCUCUGCAUGAGGAUAGAAUCGACAAUGGAAAAAAGAGUGGAAUGUAUGAGAAAAAUAUAUCGCCCGAAGCCUCACCUAUCAGUCCAGAGACAAAAAAAAGGGCAAACCUUUCCUUGUCAGUCUCUUCCAGACAACACUCAUCUCCAAAAACAAGUAAGACCCCUGGAGGAAGACCUGGUACUGAAGAGUUCAGUGAGAGCUCUACAGAAAGUGAAGAAGAUGAGGAGCAGCCUGACCGCAGACAAGAGACAAACACAGACCUACCCUCAGAGUACUGGCAAAUUCAGAAGCUGGUAAAAUACUUAAAGGGAGGCAACCAGACAGCCACUGUGAUUGCUCUGUGCUCAAUGAGGGAUUUUAAUUUAACACAGGAGACAUGCCAAUUGGCCAUCAGGGAUGUAGGUGGCCUUGAAGUUCUCAUUAACUUGCUGGAUACAGAAGAAAUUAGAUGCAAUAUUGGUUCCCUGAAAAUCUUGAAGGAAAUCAGCCGAAAUUCUCAAAUCCGGAGAGCCAUCGCUAACCUUGGUGGGUUACAGACCAUGGUGAAAAUAUUAGAUUCCCCCGAUAAGGAUCUCAGAUGUCUUGCUGCAGAAACAAUUGCUAACGUGGCCAGGUUUAGAAGGGCAAGAAGAACAGUGAGACAGCAUGGAGGAAUAAAAAGGCUUGUGGGGCUCUUGGACUGUGUUCCCGAGAAAGCCGCGGUUCUGACUCCAGAGCAGGAGAAAGAUAUUGAAGUGGCACGCUGUGGUGCUCUGGCAUUGUGGAGCUGCAGUAAAAGCACCAGAAAUAAAGAAGCAAUUCGGAGAGCAGGGGGCAUUCCAUUACUAGCUCGGCUCUUGAAAUCACCUCAUGAAAGCAUGUUGAUCCCAGUGGUUGGUACACUUCAGGAAUGUGCUUCUGAGCAAAGUUACAGGACUGCAAUUCAGACUGAGAAAAUGAUUGAAGAUCUCGUAAAAAAUCUCAACAGUGAAAACCAGGAACUUCAGAUGCAUUGUGCUAGUGCUAUCUUUAAGUGUGCAGAAGACAAGAAAACACGUGAUCUUGUUAGACAAUAUGACGGACUUCAGCCCCUCGUCUCUCUGCUGAAGAUGUCUGACAACAAGCCACUUUUAGCAGCUGCAACUGGAGCCAUCUGGAAAUGUUCCAUAAGCGUGGAGAAUGUCACAAAACUUCAGGAAUACAAAGCCCUUGAAAUCCUGGUUGGACUGCUGACUGGCCAACCUGAAGAAGUUCUUGUCAAUGUAGUGGGAGCUUUAGGAGAGUGUGCCCAAGAACCUGCCAAUCGAGCAGUCAUAAGAAAGUGUGGUGGCAUUCAACCACUGGUGAACCUGCUUACAGGAACCAAUCAGGCUCUUCUUGUGAAUGUUACUAAGGCUGUUGGUGCCUGUGCUGCUGAACCAGAAAAUAUGGCGAUAAUUGAUCGUUUAGAUGGUGUGCGCUUAUUAUGGUCCUUGUUGAAGAAUCCAAAUCCUGAUGUUCAAGCUAGUGCAGCAUGGGCAAUUUGUCCUUGUAUUGAAAAUGCGAAGGAUGCAGGAGAAAUGGUUCGCUCCUUUGUUGGUGGUUUGGAACUCAUCAUAAAUUUGCUAAAAUCCACAAAUAAAGAAGUGCUUGCAAGUGUAUGUGCUGCUAUAGCCAAAAUUGCCAAAGAUGAAGAAAAUCUGGCAGUUAUAACGGACCAUGGGGUAGUUCCAAUGUUAGCAAAAUUGACCAAUACGACUAGUGAUAAUCUGCGGCGUCACUUGGCUGAAGCCAUUGCUCGCUGUUGCAUGUGGGGAAGCAACAGAGUUUCCUUCGGGGAGGCGGGGGCUGUUGCCCCUCUGGUACGUUACCUGAAAUCAAAAGAUACUUCAGUUCACCAAGCAACAGCACAAGCUUUAUUCCAGCUUUCAAAGGAACCAAACAACUGCAUUACCAUGCACGAAAAUGGAGUAGUAAAGCUUCUGCUGGACAUGGUGGGCUCCACUGAUGAGGUUCUUCAGGAAGCAGCAGCUGGCUGUGUGGCUAACAUUCGCAGACUUGCUCUGGCUAACGAGAAGGCUAAAUAUGGUUAAAAGCCAACAUAUUCUCUUUUCCGACUUCUUCCAAAAUAGUAUAUUCCCUCCAAUACCUAGGAACCAUAGAUGAGUGAUUCUUUUGAACAUUUUCACACAUUAAAAGACCUUACGUACAAAAUUAAAAAUAAACUGUCUUCUUCUCUCUAAUGACAUACUAUUACAGGAAAAUAUACAGUAUACUGUAUCAUAUAAAGCUAUUUCAAUAUUGGAGUGCUAAUGAGUUUUCUCUCUGAUUCUUUUCACAGUCUGAUGUAAUAAGUCUGGUGUUUUAUUUUAAUGUAAUACCCAUUUAUUUCUGUUAAUAGCCCUAGGCAUGUACUACCUACUUAUUUUCUCUGUAAUUUACAUGCAGGAAUAGUAUCAAAACAAUUUUCACAUUUGGUUGUUAGAAAAGCGCACAACAGCAGCCGCUGAAUGUAUUUUUACAACCUUGAAAAAUCUUGAAAUAUGAGAACACUGUUUAUCUGUUUACUACCAAAUGUUAGUUUAUCUAUAGUAUGUGUUUGUUAUUACGCGCACACAGAGUAAAAAAACUAUAUUAAUAAUUACACGUAAUGUAAUUAAGGUUGAUGCAAAGGAACAUUUUCCAGAAAACAUAUUACAAAUGUGAAUGUCACUGUGCAUUUCUAACACCAGAAAAAAUAAACUAUUAUUGAAAUAUGA